AGUAACUUGCAAUAUUUAUAGAUUUUUUAAUUUAAUCAUAUUAUCUAUUAAUCAUAUAUACAGUAAGGAAACAAAGAAACAAGUUAUUAAUACAAAUGUAUUGUAAAUUAUAUAAAUAUCAGAUAAUCGUAAACAAUGUGUAAUAAGUUUGUAUCCAUCUCUUAAAGUCUAAAUAAAAGCAAGGAAAAAUGGAAGCCCUAAGAUUACCGCCUCUUCCAACUAUACGAAAUGUAACGAAACUCUAUAAACUACAGGCAAUGAAACGUCUUUCACAAAACUUUAUCUUGAAUGAAAAAUUAUCAGAUAAAAUAGUUAGAAAAACAGGUAAACUUACCGACUGCCAUGUGUUAGAAGUUGGUCCUGGGCCUGGUGGAUUAACCAGAUCCAUUUUAAGACAGCAACCUGAAAAAUUAAUUGUAAUAGAAAAAGACACAAGAUUUAAACCAACAUUAGAGAUGUUGGCAGAUGCUUUUGCAGCAGUUAAUGGGAAAAUGGAUAUUAUUUACAAUGAUAUUAUGAGAACAAGUUUGGAUAAUCUUUUUCCUACAACAAAGGCACAAAUUUGGGAAGGGAAAAGCCCAAGACUUUAUAUAAUUGGUAAUUUACCAUUUAAUGUAUCAACACCCUUAAUAAUACAGUGGCUACAUGCUAUUUCCGAGAAAAGAGGUCCUUGGGCAUAUGGAAGAACUAGAAUGACAUUAACGUUUCAAAAAGAAGUUGCAGAGCGUUUAGUGGCUGAACCAUUAAAUAUACAAAGAUGUAGAUUAUCUGUUAUGGCACAGGCUUGGACACACCCAAUAUUGCACUUUGUUAUACCAGGUACAGCAUUUCUUCCGAAACCAAAAGUUGAUGUCGGCGUUGUAUCAUUUGUGCCUCUAUCUGUUCCACAUACGCAACACGAAUUUAAAAUUUUCGAAAAAGUAACGCGUCACAUUUUUAGUUUCCGUCAAAAAUAUAGUAUACGAGGCAUUGAAACGUUAUUUCCAUUGGAUUGCCGAACCGAAUUAGGUGAAAUGAUGUUCAAACUUUCUGAUAUAGAUCCAAAAACAAGACCAAUGGCUCUAACGGUACAAAAUAUUGACAGACUUGUUACUGCAUAUAAAUAUUUAAUAGGUAAACAUCCAGAAAUCGAAUUUUAUGAGUAUCGCGCAUCUCGACGAAUAUUAUCAAUGUCUCAAGCAACGGACAUACAAAUUACUGAAUGUGAUGUAGAACCGCAAUAAUAAAUAAAGGAAACCUCGUCUAAUUUAUGUA